CUUGAAUUAUGAAUUUCUAUUAUAGUUUAUGCAAUAGGGGAGACUGGGGCUGGUUGUUACAGGGGUAGGUUGUUACAGUGCCAAUGGUAGCUAUACCGCGCGAGUUAGUGGCGCUGGCGUUCUUGUGAGAAGUGAGAAAAGCCCGGACAAGCAGCCGUAAAAAACGCAGGAUGAAGAAGUAUAAAAAAAAGAGUGAGCGUGGACAAAUAUCUAAAGACAUCUACGACAAAGCAGCAGCUGUCUUAGAAGAGGAUAAAACAAAAACAGUUCGUGGCAUCGCAAAAGAUUUUGGACUAUGUCAUAUGACGCUUACAAGAUACUUAAAAAAACGAAGCAAAGCAAAGGAAAAGGGCAUACCUAUGGAAUCUGUCACAUUCGGUUACCAGAAAAACAGACAAGUUUUUAACAACAAUGAAGAAACUAUUUUGGUGAAUUACUUAACGAAAUGUAGCCAAAUUUGCUACGGAUUAACGCCAAAAGAUGUCCGACAGUUAGCAUUUGCUUGUGCACUUAAGUACAAUGUUACUACACCGCAAUCGUGGCAUAAUAAUAAAGAAGCAGGAGUUGAUUGGAUGACAGCGUUUUUAAAACGCAACCCGUCUAUCAUCAACGAAUUUAAAAAGACUGGUAUUGCACCAUUUAAUAAAGAUAUUUUUCCGCAUGAGGACUUCUUGUCUGCUUUUGUUACUGACAGAGAAUUAGACGGCACGGCUAGCUCAAAUAUUGAAAAUACCCCAGUUACAACAGAGAACACUCCAAUUCAUUCCACUAAGAUUCAACCUCCGCCAACUCAAACUGCCUCCUUGAAUGACACUACAUCUCCUAUUUUGGAAUGUAUUGAAUCUACCUUUGCUCCCGAGAUCGUUCGACCUUACCCAAAAGCUGCUGCUAGAACAAAAAAGAUAACACGAAAAACUCGAAAAUCAGCUAUUUUAACUGAUACCCCGGAGAAGGAUGCAUUGGCACUGGAACAAAACAAGAAAAAAGAAAAUACAUCAAAGAAAAUUAAAGUGAUUAAGAAGGGAAUGACUGAGCCAAAAAAGGUGACCAAACAAGAAAAUACAAAUAAGAAAGGAGAACCAGCUAAGAAGAAAAGAAAGAUUGUUGUGAAGAGGAAGGUAUUGCAAGAAUCUGACGAAGAUACUAUAGAAGAUGAUUAUUUUUGCCUAAUAUGUUGUGAACCAUUUGAUCAGAGUCGAGCUGGUGAAAAAUGGGUGCAAUGUAUUGUUUGUAAAAAAUGGUCACAUGUGAAAUGUGCUAAGGGAAAUAUAGUAUCCUAUGUUUGUUUAAAUUGCGAUAGUGAUUAUUCCGAUUAAAAUAACUGAACUGUUUUAUUUUUAAGAUCUGAUAGUCUUUCUAAAAUAAUUAUAUUUUUUUUUUGAUAGCCAAAGUUUUAUGUUAUGUUGGUUCUUAAUAAGAUGUUUCUCUAAUAAAGCUUAUAACUUUU